AUGAUCCAGCUUAUUACCAGCGUUGAUACUUUGAUUGGCUAUUCUUUGGCGUACGUCUUCCUUUCGAAGCAGCAGCAUGGCUUGGGAAAACGCAAUGAGCUCCGUCUUUUGUGCCGAAACAAAGAGGGCCUCGAACCCCUGGAGAAGAUGGGCGGUAAAAUCAUCCAGGUCAACUGGCAGGACAAGAAGCAGAUGCAAGAUGCCUUCUCCGGUGUCAAUUACGUAGUGUUUGUCCCUUCGAACACCAACCAAUGCCAUAACGACGGUGAAAAUGUGGUCAAGAUUAGCAAGGAACAAGGCGUCAAGUACAUGACCAUGAUGUCAAUCAUUGGCAUCGAUCGCAUCCAGCAAGAAAGCCGCCAUUUCCAAUACCUGAAUGAAAUUGCCGAACUUGAAAAGUGCGUACAGCAAACCUUUGACAAGGAUCACCAUUGUAUUAUGCGCACCGCGAUGAUGAGCCAGAUUUUCUACUACCUUGCACCGAUGGUUGAGAACAAGAACACGCUGUGUUUCCCUAUUGAAGAGAGCCGAAAGUGGUGCACUGUGGACCUCCAUGACCUUGCUGAAGCUGUCUAUCAGCUUUCCGUGGAAUGCCCCCAGUUGUCCGAAAACAAGGCCAUGUUCCAGUUCACUUCCACCAAGACAAUGACAUGUGAAGAAAUGGCCCAGACCAUGUCGCGCGGUUUGGAACAAGGUCCCAUCCGGUACAACAAAAUCACGAGAGACGAACUUCGCCAAUAUCUUACCAAGAUGCGUGACGAUCGCCGAUUCAAAGACAAGCCGAAAGGUGAAGAGGAACAGCGUCGUCCUGGUCCCGAUACGAGCCACACCUUCCCCCUUGGCCGCUACUUGACCGAGUGUGCUAUUGAGGUCCUACUGGAAUACUUUGAAAUGGUUAAUCUGGGCAAACUCGAUUUCGUCACCAAGGAUCUUGAACAAGUUCUCAACCGUCAACCUCAAGAUCUUCACGGAUUUUUCAAGAACAACCGCAACCAAUUCCGUCGUCUCAAGUAA